CUGCCGGGAUCGUGGUGAUGUGGCCCCCCCGCUUCCCCCCUCCCCGCCCCGGGAUGUCGGAAGAAACCAGGCAGAGCAAAUUGGCUGCGGCCAAGAAAAAGUUGAGAGAGUAUCAGCAGAAGAACAGCCCUGGUGUUCCUGCAGGAGCAAAGAAGAAGAAAAAGAAUAAAAAUGGCAGCAGCCCUGAGAGAACCACCGCCCAUGAUUGUCAGUCACCGGGGGAUAUUCAGGACAUCCUGAAGGUGUUGGUGUCCGACCUUAACCGUUCCAAUGGGGUCUCGCUCCCCCCAUUAGACAAGAGGAAGGCGCCCACAGACCACACUGCUCCUGCAUCGCCAACUACUGAUGACGACACUAUGUUUCUCGGUGUUGUUCCUUCCCCUGAUGCCAAUCUCGCCAGCAUGGCAUCACCUCAGAGCCAUGAUGCUGGCAAUUGCUCUACCCUCAUGGAGGAGACCAAGACUUUCUCAUCAACUGAGAGUCUGCGACAACUUUCUCAACAGCUGAAUGGCCUUGUGUCUGAGUCUACAUCCUACAUCAACGGGGAGGGCCUCACGUCUUCCAACAUGAAGGAGCUGGAGAGCCGGUACCAAGAGCUAGCAGUAGCCCUGGACUCCAGCUAUGUAACAAACAAACAACUCAGUAGCACGAUAGAGGAAUUGAAACAACAGAACCAAGAUACUCUGGAUCAACUGGAAAAAGAGAAGAAGGAUUAUCAGCAGAAGCUGGCAAAGGAGCAGGGAGCUCUCAGGGAACAGCUGCAGGUUCACAUUCAGACCAUAGGCAUCCUGGUGUCUGAGAAGGCAGAAUUACAGACAGCCCUGGCCCAUACUCAGCAGGCAGCCAGGCAGAAAGCAGGAGAGUCGGAGGAUCUUGCCAGCCGCCUACAGUCUUCCCGACAGCGUGUGGGAGAGCUGGAGCGGACCCUGUCUACUGUGUCAACGCAACAAAAACAGGCAGACAGGUACAACAAGGACCUAACCAAAGAGCGAGAUGCCCUCAAGCUGGAGUUGUACAAGAACAACAAAAAUAAUGAGGACCUGAGGCAGCAAAACUCAGAACUGGAAGAGAAAGUUCGAGUCCUAGUGGCAGAGAAAACAGCUGCACAGUUGGGGGUGGAGGAGCUGCAGAAGAAGCUGGAGAUGUCAGAGCUGCUGCUACAACAGUUCUCUAGCCAGUCCGAGGCCUCUGACAGUAACCAGCAGUUACAGCAUGCCAUGGAGGAGCGGGCUCAGCUGGAGACCCAUGUAGGCCAGCUGAUGGAGUCGCUGAAACAGCUCCAGAUGGAGAGAGACCAGUAUGCAGAGAACCUGAAAGGAGAGAGUGCCAUGUGGCAGCAGAGGAUACAGCAGAUGGCAGAACAGGUACACACACUGAAGGAAGAGAAGGAGCACAGAGAAAGUCAGGUACAAGAGCUGGAGAGCAGCUUGGCGGAACUCAGGAAACAGAUGGAGGAGCCACCACCCCCAGAGCCUCCAGCUGGGCCCUCCGAGGUGGAAGAGCGGCUUCAGGGAGAGGUUGAGCAAUUGCAGAAGGAACUGGAGAGUCUGACAGGACAGCUGCGGGCCCAGGUGCAGGACAACGAGAGCCUGAGCCACCUGAACCAGGAGCAGGAGGGGCGGCUGCUGGAGCUGGAGCGGGAAGCCCAGCGCUGGAGCGAGCAGGCGGAGGAGCGCAAGCACAUCCUGGAGAGCAUGCAGAGUGACCGCACCACCAUCAGCAGAGCACUGUCACAGAACCGCGAGCUGAAGGAGCAGCUGGCCGAGCUACAGAACGGCUUUGUCAGGCUGACCAACGAGAACAUGGAGAUUACCAGUGCACUGCAGUCAGAGCAACAUGUCAAGAAAGAGCUGGCCAAGAAGCUGGGCGAGCUACAGGAGAGGCUGGGAGAGCUGAAGGAGACAGUGGAGUUGAAGAGCCAGGAAGCACAGGGUCUGCAGGAGCAGCGAGAUCAGUGCCUGUCACACCUGCAACAGUAUGCAGCUGCCUACCAACAGCACUUGGCUGCCUAUGAGCAGCUGACCUCUGAGAAGGAGUCACUGCACAAGCAGCUCCUGCUGCAGACACAGCUCAUGGACCAGUUGCAGCAUGAGGAGGUACAGGGCAAGAUGGCAGCCGAAAUGGCCCACCAGGAGUUGCAACAGGCCCAGGAGCACUUAGAAGCCACCAGACAGGAAAACCAGCAGCUCCGGGCCCAGCUGAGCCUCUUGGCCCUCCCUGGGGAUGGAGAUGUGGACCAGGAGGAACAAGAUGAGGAGGUUCCUCGGCCCAUUCUGACCAUCCCAGAAGACCUUGACAGUAGAGAGGCCAUGGUGGCAUUCUUUAAUGCAGCUAUAGCCAGUGCUGAGGAAGAGCAGGCCCGGCUACGCAUGCAGUUGAGAGAGCAAAAGGCACGUUGCCGGAGCUUGGUUCACCUGGCAACCCCAGUCCAAAGCAAGCUUGAAAAGGAGGCAGUGGUCCCUGGGAAUGUGGGUGACUCUGCAUCUGAGGAGAACAACCAGGCCUUACGUGUAGCCAUGGAGAAGCUGCAGAGCCGCUUCCUGGAGGUCAUGCAGGAGAAAGUGGAGCUUAAGGAGAGGGUAGAGGAGCUUGAACAUUGCUGUAUCCAGCUUUCUGGAGAGACAGACACCAUUGGAGAGUACAUUGCUCUCUACCAAAACCAGAGGGCAGUGCUGAAGGCCCGGCACUUGGAGAAGGAGGAGUAUAUUAGCCGGCUGGCUCAGGACAAGGAGGAGAUGAAAGUAAAGCUGCUAGAGCUGCAGGAGCUGGUAUUGAGGCUUGUGAGCGAGCGCAAUGAAUGGCAGGGCAAGUUCCUGGCAGUCUCUCAGAACUCCGUUGAUGUGCCCACCCCAGGGCCCACAAGCUCCCAGGAAUUUGGAGCUGCUGACCAGCAGGGUGACCUCAGGGAGGUGAGCCUGGCUGACAAUGUAGAGCCUGUACAAGGAGAGGCUGGGACUCCCGCUCCCCACGAGAACGCCACUGCACAGCAGAUCAUGCAGCUGCUGCGUGAGAUCCAGAACCCCCAGGAGCGCCCGGGCCUGGGGAGCAACCCUUGCAUCCCCUUUUUCUACCGUGCUGAUGAGAACGAUGAGGUGAAAAUCAUGGUUGUCUAAAAGACUGGUGGCCAAAGCCUCACCAAGGGCAGCCAAAGAUUCUGCCCAACCCACUUCCCUCCUCAGCCACCCUUAUCCUUAUAAUUAGGUCAGACUCCACCCCCUCCAGGGGCUGGGGAAGUAGCUCAGUUGGUAGAGUGCUUGCUUGCCAUGCACAGUCCUGGGUCCCACCCCUAGCACCCCUGAAACUGCUGAUGCCUGUAAUUCCAGCACUUGGGAAGUAGAGGCAGGAGAAUCAGCCAUCCUCAUCUACCCCAGUGAGUCUGAAGCCAUAACAGGCUAUAUUGAGACCCUGUCUGAAAAACCAAAAGAUCAGACUCACUGUCUUAAUGGGGAUACAAACAGGUCUUCUGCUGUCUGAGCCAGGGCAGUUUUACUUUCUAGACUCCUGUUAGAAAAAAGCACCAGAGACUCCAUGAUUGAGCACACUGCUUCCCUGUUGUCUUGUAUUUGGAGGGCCUCUGAAGACAUUCUGGGACAGAACAAUUUGGCAGCAUUUUCACUGCCUUUAAGGCCAGGUGCAGCAGGGCUGGUAGAUAGUCCAGCAUUUAGCAGGGUUCCUGAUUUUUAACCAUCUCAAUCCUUUCCACGUUCCUUUUCCUCCAUACCCCUUUUCUUUUCUUCGGAUAGUGUCUCAUGUAUCCCAGGCUAACCCUGAACUCACUACAGCUUGAACUUCUGAUUCCCUGCCUCACCACUGUGCCCAGUAUUUGGCAAUGCUAAGCAGGCACUCUACCAAUUGAUUUACCCCAGAACCACCUACCUUUUUCCUUUGUGUAGUGAUGCUGGGGGUGAAACCCAGGGUCCAGCACAUCCCCAGACCAACUCCCAUCUUCUUAGAGGCACUUUAGGGCAGUGGGGCUGGGCGGCAUUUUCUUGGGGUUCCAGGCAGUUGGGGCUAACUGCCUCAGGAAGGCAUCCCACUUAGGAGGGCUUCCAUCUUUUUGAGGCACUUUGGGGCAGGGAAAGUGGGUACCAUUCUCUCAGGCCUUAUGACAAUUGGGGUAGCUGUACACCAAGCAGAACAGAGGCUGCUGGGGCGGGGUGGGCUUCCCUCCCCCGGUGUACAUAUUGUACCUGUGUACCAUUUUGUAUAUUCUGGGGUAGGGACACCCCCUGUAUCAUAGUGGAGGUUGGAGCUGACAAGUGGGGAAGAGGUUCUAGUAAUCUUUUGGGGCUGGGAAACUUAUUUAUUUGUAGUGUAGGACAGAAGACAGGAGGCAGAGACGGGGUUGUGGCACCCUGCUGAUGUAGCUCUUUAUUUUGCUUUUUACUUGGGAAAUAAAUGGAUUUAGCCAUA